UCCAAGUUAUGCUUCAUUGAUAUGAUGGUAAUAGACCAGCAAUGUGAGCUUCAUAACACAAUUUUUUUUUAUCACAAAUGGACAAUAUCUAAGAGGUUGUACUGCCCGAUCUUAUUACUGAAAUUACACAGGUUUCUCCAACACAAAAUGAACAAUAACAUCACAUGAAAUUACCAUACUUAAGUGUCAGCAUCUUCUCAGAGAAAAUCUAUACAUGGAACGAAGCGACUUGAUAUUCGGUUACAUGGCAGAUCAGAGAGAGUCCCAAGAAAAAACAUUCAGACAUCACAGAGAAUGAUGAUGUCAAUACUACCUUUCAAAAAUGGCACGCCGUAAUAUGGAUCUAAUGGAUACACAGAAAGUGUCAAGGUUUCUGUCCCAACAUCUUGAUCGGGAUACAGCCAUUGGUUCUGAGGAGAUAGUAAAAGUAAGACGUCUAAUAUAUCAUUUGGAUGAGAAAAUGACAAUUACGCCUGGGUUUUGUAGGACAAUGUUUACUGGUUCUAAAUCGGAAGGAUUAGAUUUUACCAGUUCUGAUAACGAUAUGAUGGUGAUAUUGGAUUCAGUGAUCGUAGUACAACCACACGAUGAGAUACCACAGCGAGAUGCCAAUCAAACUAUCUUGGCCAUGGACGGCACUGGUUGUAGACCUGGGUACACUUUACUCAGACUUAAAGAACUAUCUGCGAAUGAGAUAAGUAAUCUUAUCAUGUUCGCAAUGAUAGAUUGUAAUAGAUCCAUGUAUUUGUCUAGUCGUGGUUUCAUCAAAACCUUGUUACAACCAGAAAGUUAUCAGCAUGGCCCGUGUAUAACAAUUUCUGACAAUGGUGGUAUGGAGGUCGACCAUGCAUACUGUUUCCACUGUCGGUCAUGGCCCAAUGACCUCAGCGAUUUCAGUUAUCGUACAAAAUACUGUGUUUGGCCACCCAGAUAUCUGGUCAAUCGUAUCGUUAAAAAUGGUUGCCACGUUGUUCCAAUUGGUGACAAACAAUCUAGUCUCUUUGCAAUGCAAUGGCGGAUUUCUUUUGCAUCAGCCGAAAAAUCUCUUGUCUGGUCGUUCAAUCACGUACAAUUGAAAACGUAUGCUUUACUGAAAAUGUUCCUGAGAGAGUGCAUCGAACGCGAUCAGUCGAUAAAUGAACUGCUCUGUUCCUACUUCAUGAAAACAAUUGUAUUCCAUGCGAUAGAACACUCCACACCGUCUAUGUGGGUGGACGAUAACAUCGUCCAGUGUUUUUGGUAUUGUUUUACUAUACUCCUGGAAUGUGUACAGACGGGAUAUCUCCCAAACUACUUUGUACCUACCAACAACAUGUUUCUAUCUAAAGUAACUGGUGCCAACAGGAGAAGACUACUCCGUGUGCUGAGUAGAUACCAGUGUCAGGGAUACACUUGUCUGUUUCAGUGUCCGAGUCUUCAGGCUUUACCUAAAAUGAUACAAAAAAGUGAUUCCAUGUACCCGUUACCAGAAGAUCAUAUGGUUCAUGAAAUCUAUCAAGAUUUGUACGUAUUUGAACGACUCAGACUUUACUCAGAUACGGGUGCAAAUAGUGCACAUGCCUUACAAUCAAUAAACAAAAUGUUUUUGAAGUGUUCGGACGACGACAACCUUCUCGAUGUAGGAUUGCUGUAUUUCAUUCGGAGCAUUACCUUCAUGUCUAGUAAUAGCAUUGCAGACCUGAUUAAUGCCAAUGGUAGAAGCAACAAAACUGUCUACAAACAAAUCAGGAGGCACAAACGCUUCCUCCACUUGUCGUCAGCCACAGAUGUCUGUAAUGGGUUGCUAUCACUGGCAACGUUUUAUUAUAAUGUUGGAUCUUACACUAAAGCUUCUGACUUAGCAACACGAGUGGUGUUCGCCUGUCAACAAAGGGCAUUAAUUUAUUCAGAGGCAUACACGGAGAAGAUGUGUGGUAAAGGAUACACACUACUACAGAAAGCGAAAAGGUCCUUUGUAUUUCCAUACACUAUUAAUGCAGAAAACUACAAACUAUAUCCACAUGAAUUAGAUCUUGAGGCUCAAGAAAUCCGAAAUAGUUCGUUAAAAGUGAGGGAUUUUAGUGAUCUUCCACCACUACCGUACGCCAUCUUUCUCCUUGUGUUGUCUACCUUCAGACUCGGCAACAUCGACCAGUCCCAGACAAUCCUCGAGGAUCUCAUGGCUGUACGGCCCAAUAAUAUCUACGAUGUAUGUCCCAAUCCAAUCUUACACAAUCUGGUCGGGAUAUGUCACCAACUGUUAGGGAACAGAAGACAGGCCAUCCUAGCGUUUGAGGAGUCAUGCAGACAAUUUCCUGACAACCUAGCCGCUGCAAUCAGAAUUGCUGACCUUCGUGGGUCUCGGGAAGAACAAAAAGACGACACAGUGAAUUACAGAAAUGUUUCGUUUCAGAAUCAGAGCAAUGACAUCAUCGACGAUGACAAUGAAGACGUGAUUUACUUCCAUAAAACACUGUACAACAUUGAUCCAGUCCAAUUUGUUGAAAUGUCUUGGUUUUGAAUUACUAUUACCAACCAGUACAUAUUGGUACAAGCGAAUGAAGAGGCCAAGCAGAAUGCCUUAUCGAUAUGGAACCUAAUGCACGCGAUUACUUCAUAACGUAUAUCGGGUUUACCUUUUCAUUACGUGGGACAGUAGAUAUCAUUUCUACUUCAUUCGUAUCGUGCUAUACAUCAUACUAUGGCUUGUGUAAAAUAACUCACAAGCACAGUUGGUUAUCAUUGAAAUUAGUAUGAAAGAGCUAUUUAUGAAAGAGGUGUUCAAACACAAUAACAAUCAUUUUCAUCUUGAUAUCUAUUCAUGUUAAGAUGAAAGAUUUUUUGAUUUUUGCAAUGAAGAAAUAUGUUUUACAUAUAAAAGUAUCCUUACAUUGUAUAUAUAGAUUUAUAAGACUGGCGUUCUGGUAUUACAUUAUCUACAUGUAAGUGUAUCAGUCCCAGAGUUUUAGCGAAGCUUGCUCGUUACGUUUCAAUUCUCUUGAAUGGUAACACUGUUUAAUUUAUACACAUCUACUCAACUUUCUUUAAAAUAUUGUAAAUAAUGACAUUAAUUGAAUUUCGGGUUUUUUGUACAUUCCAACCCUAAUAUUGGUAUUUCGUUCGACCUGUUUCGAGUUUUCUGUUACCUCCCAUAGCUUCACGUACGAGUACUAGAAAAGCAGGUCGAUUUCAUCAUUUUUUCCGUGCUAUAUUUAACUCUUCUCAUUUUUUGAAAGGUGUGAAUAUUUCUAGUGUUAUUGUACAAUGCUUUGUAGUGUUUUAGAGAAAUGUAAUUAUAGACAAUUGCUAAAAAAUCUUAGCUGAUCGAAUUGGAUUAUUUCCUCCGAUAAACACCGUUACAUUUAUUAGUAAAUAGUGUGGUAUAUUUCGUUAAUAUAUGGUAUGUACUAAGUUAGAGAUAUGAUAGUUAGUAGUUUAAGUAGUUCAUGUAGUUAGGGUACCCUAUUUGCCCUACAUUGCCCGACUUAAUUAUGUACAUGCUGACCGUGAGAUUUUAGGCAGCAUAAUACACCGGUCAUUCACUGAUAAUGUUUUAAUUACCUUGAUCUGUGGCUACUAGUCUACGUUUGACACUGUUCGGGAUUCAAUGACCCAUGGCUUCGGGAGAUCACUCUUAGGGUUUUUUUUUAUAGUGUCUGUCUACUUUAUCUAUCUGAUGAUAUGCUCAUCCCUAAUUACCAUCUAAUUGUUUACGUGUUUGUGUAUCAAAAUAUCGAGGUCAACGAAACGCCUGCUCAGACAGGAUUUGAGAGAGAGAGAGAGAGAGAGAGAGAGAGAGAGAGAGAGAGAGAGAGAGAGAGAUGAUGUUCUCAACGGCCCACGUAUACUAAACUAUUCAAAACUCUGACAUUGCAGCGAGUACCCGACGCUAUCUCGGAGGGCAUUGCCGAGUGACUCCAGAACUGUAACACGGAUGUUGUGUUCGCCGGGAAUUUUUUCGCGCUACAAUAUUUAUAUCUAAAAAAAAGAAAAGAAAAAACCCAACUAGAUGAAUAAAAUCAUUCAAUCUUUAAUGGC